CACAUUGUAGCUCGUAACGUCUGCAACGGACGGCCCACUUUUUUCUCAACAAGCAAGGGAAAAAGUUGAUAGUCGGAGGCUCUCCAAUGGAUUUCGCUGUCUGAUUUCUUCUCGUAAAGGAUUUUAGAGGCGCUAGGAGGAAGGAGAGGUUGCUUUUAUUAAAAAGGACGCUUGUGCUCCAAAUGAAGCCAUUGAGAAAUGCCAGUGGAAAUGCUACAUCCUGACCCAAUGCCUCCGUAGGGUUGUCCGACGACAGCCAACCAAGUCUCGAACGUCUCUGUCCACCUGUGGUGAGCGCCCGUCCUGGUCCCAGCAAUGUGGAUCUGCAUGGUUUACAAUGAGACGGAAAGCAGUGUGGACUUCCGCCUCUGCCAAGACUUUGGCCUCAUCCUUUCCGUGCUGUCACUGGUCUACCUCCUGGUGUGCUUCCCACUGGGUCUGUGCUACAACGUGCUGCUGGUGGCUGUCAACCUCUCCAACAAGGUAUCCAUGACCAUGCCGGACGUCUACUUUGUCAACAUGGCCAUCGCAGGCCUGGUGCUCAACUUGGUGGCGCCCGUAGAGCUGCUGAGCUCCACCUUCACCCGCUGGCAUGCGUGGGAAUACACCAACGAGGUGUACAUCACGCUGCUCAUCCUCUUCAACAUCUCCUCGCUGGUCAUCAUGUACUCCACCACGCUGCUCAGUCUGGACUACUACAUCGAGCGGGCCUUGCCGCGCACGUACAUGUCCAGCGUGUACAACACCAAGCAUGUGUGCGGCUUCAUCUGGGGCGGCGCCGUGCUCACCAGCUUCUCCUCGCUGCUCUUCUACGUGUGCAACCACAUCUCCACCAAGAUGGUGGAGUGCUCUAAAAUGCAGAAUAAAGAAGCGGCCGACGCCAUCAUGAUGUUCAUAGGCUACGUGGUCCCGGCCGUGGCGGUGCUCUACGCCUUCGUGCUCAUCCUGCGCAUCCGGAAGGAGUCGACACCCCUGGACCAGGACUCGGCCCGCUUGGACCCUUCCAUCCAUAGACUGCUGCUGGCUUCCGUGUGCGUGCAGUUCAUACUGUGGAGUCCCUACUACAUGACGCUGCUGGUGCACACGGUGGCCGGCGCCCCCGGCUACGUCAGCAGCACGCAUUACUUCCCCACCUACUACUUCCUGAGGUGCGUGUCCAAGCUGAUGGCCUUUUCCAGCAGCUUCGCCAUGCCGCUCAUGUACCGGCAGAUGAACAAGAACUUUUCCAACAAGCUCCGCCGGCUCCUCACGAGGGUGCGCUGUCGGGACCAGUCGUGCCCCCAUGAACGCUCCACAGUUCAGCAAGUGGUCACGUGAAGCCCCCGCUUUUCAUGCCUUUGGGCCAAACCGGCACUUAUCUUUUCCUUUGCCCCGCCUACCUCCCUUCAGAGCCAGUAUCUUGCCGCCGCACCCUCGUCGCUCUGGACUGCAUUAAAGUGCGACAUAGCAAACUGUGGAAUUUCCUGUCACCUUCCAGAGCGCAGUCCGAAGAAUCAGUUCUGCAGAGCAAAAAGAAAAACCACUAAGUGCUGACAUUUUUUGUGUGUGUGUGACUAAGGGAAGCGCUCCACUCCGUCACUUUGGCUUUGUGUGUGGUGACUUAGCGCCUACGCUAGCUAGCUCUUAGCUUCUUGCAGUGGCCUGAAUCCUGGCAAUGUGACGAACGUAUGACUGAAUGUCGCCAUACAUUCACUAAGCUCUUCUGCUACGUAACAAUGUAUCUCCUCUCAACUAGUAUAUAGCUUCCCACAUGUUUAGCAGAGGAACGUAUCGGAAUAUAAGAAGUAGCUCUCGCCGCUGCAGCGGCGACGCGCAUGUUGCUCUAACUAUGAAAUGAAGUCGGACAUUAGCUAGCAUGUUCACAAAGCACUGCGUGUACCAGAUAAGCUGCUCGGCCUUUAAGUAUAUCACGCUUUAACUUGGAAAAACAUGAAGGUCUCUUCUUGGAAACGUCACUUACAAAACUGUUACUCCUCUGCCGUAACUCCACUGAUACUUUGAAGUAGAUGGAUCCACUCUCAGGGUACAGCGGAACCUCCGUAGUCAAACACACGGUCUAAUUCCAAAACAAAAUAAUUAAUUUAGCCCAGAUUCACAUUUCCCCAUAAUAACACCUUCAUUAAGUGUACAGGCAGUGUUAUGAGUGUCAUUUUAACAUUAACCACUAUAUAAUAAAACUAAAAUAAACUUAAACUAAGGGUGAAAGAAAUGUGUGAGAUACUGACACUUAGUGGCAUUCUGUGGGUAUUGCAGGAAUCACUCCACUGUUGCUAUACAUCCUGAGAUACAGUGGAACCUCUCUAGUCCAACACAAUCCACAGGUUGACUUUCAAGUUGUUCUAAUUUCAAGAUUAAUUCAGUCCAGACUCAAACUGUCGCCAUCAUAAAACCUUUUAUUAGGUGUACAGGCAAGUUUAUAAGUCAUGAGUGUAAAAUAAACCGAUUAACCACUGUAUAAUAAAACUAAAAUAAAGUGAAACUACUCCUAACAGACAUGUCACGGGGAGGUAAAUGAAAAUGUGAUGUUCUAUAGUUUUGGUAGGAAUUAAUAAACACUUUGGAUGUUCCGCUGUAUUUUGAGAGAACUCUUGCAUGCGUAUUUAAAAAAAAAAACAACUAAAUGCCUGAACCGAACAGCCACAUGUUGUUGACGGUUCCAGACAAAACCGGUUUACCUCAUUACCCAGGAAAUCAUUAAAU